AUGGACGACCAUGACGGCCUGCCCCUGCGCCCGCGGGGCGCCAACGUCGGGUACGAAGUUGCGCGUCUCGACGCCGUCGACGCGCCCCACUGGCAGCUGCAAGCGUCGACCUCCGAGAACAACCUACUCGCAGUGUUUUCCUCUCUUGAAGCGCAUGUGCACUCGUCGCUGGACGGAGUGCACUGGUACCAUGGUGUGGGCAAAGGGCUCGUUGCGAUGGCCAUGGUCGAGUUGCUGUUGCGGCGCCUGGACCCUGCGGUCUAUGGGCCGCUCGUCGCCUUCGUCGCACCCGCGCACUCGUUUUUACAAGGGUUGGCGCAGCAGCAGCGAAAGCCCACCGUGACGCGGCUGCAAAUUCCCGAAAUCUCGCCGAGACAGUCGCCCCGCGCGUCACCACGGCCCGCAGCAACGUCGCCAGCGGCGCUGCCCCCCAAGCGCUUCAUUGAGCUGUCAAAGACCGAGGUCCAUGUGCUCGAAGUGGCCGUGUACCUCCGCAGCGUCCUCUCGCUCUUGGCCACCAACGAGGCGAAGAAUAGGGCGUCGAUGGCGCUGCCGACGCCGCCUGCCGACGCGCUGCAAAUGUUGCGCCGCGCCAAACUCCAACUGCGCCAGAAGCAGUUUUUUCCCGGUCUUCUUGUGGCACCGCCGGCGCGCCACGGCGCCAAGGCAACGACCAGCAUGAACGUGCGUGAGGCCAAUUUGCACCAAGUGUUUUCAACCUCGAUUCUGUGCUUGCACGAAGGCAUUCGCAGCAUCGGGGUGCACAGCGCCGAGCUCGCGUCAUGCGCCUUUGGUCUCCUCGGCGACAUCCUCGUUGCGAUCCAAGACUACUUAUCCGAGGUCGCUGAGCACCGCAAGGUCCACCGCGCGCGCAUCAAGAGUCUACGCGUCCGGCGGCAGGAGCUGCGCGCGCUCUUGAGUGACCUCGACGCGCUUGCCGCCAACGCGGCAAAAGAGUCAAUCGCGCUUGCAACUGUCCUGAGCAGCACCGAGGCCGAGCACGCCGCGCUACAGCGGGAGUGCGACUGGCACAAGACCUGCCGCGACCUCUUCUCCUUCACGCUCGAAGCGCUGCACACGAAUGCGAGCUUGCCGCCACAGUGGCUUGUCACGGAAGAUGGAGCGUCGCAUGCCCUCGCGGCCGGCAGCAGUCUCUGGCGCGCGACCGACGUCGAGAACAUCAAGUACCUCGGGCAUCUCAUGAGCUUGAGCCGCAGCUACGUGCACUUGUUCCUGAAAGAAGAGACGCUAGAGCCCGAGCCGCGCCCGCCACUUGGUCGGCGCAACUCGAUCAAUGCGCGACCGACACGCAAGUCGAUGCCGGAGCGAACCGAGAAUCUCAAGCAGCACUUGCUGAACGUCAAGGCCAAGGACAACGCGGCGGCGCAGGUCGUCGAGGUGGAGGAACCUGUCGGCGACGUUAUGCACCGCGUGACGCACGCUGAGCUCCUCGUGCUCUCGACGAUCCAAGACAGUCUUCGCGCGACCGAGAUGUUCACGGCCUUGCUGCACCGUCGCCAGCACCUUCUACGCUGCGACGCGUCGACGCAGACCCACGGUCCUGGUGGCCAAAACGCAGUCUCCUUGCUCCUCGCACCACCCAUGUGCCUGUGCGAUCUCGUCGCGCGCAAGCUACCGCCCGUGUACCAGUCGGCGCUCGCGUGUCUGCCCGCCGACGCGCCGUUCGUCGCCAUAGGCCGCGAAGAGCUCCUGCGGACCAUCGCGCAGCUCCUCGCCGCGUACGACGAGCAGCAGCACCACGCCAUGACCCUCUCAAGCUUUGUCCCGCUGUACUUUUAUGUACACCCCAAGAAGACGAGUCCGCAAGUCGAGUGCGCGCGCUUCCUUCUCUCGCUGCACCACGAAACCUCGGGACUCCACGUGACGAAUCUGCUCAUCGUGUUUGCGGCGCUCGCGGAACUUGGGACGACGGCGCUGACGCUGCCGCGGCGCGGACUCGACGCCCUUCUCGCCGCGCGGCGCGCAUGUCUCGGGACGGCGGUCGCCAAAGGCCACGCCAACCUCGGGUCGACUGACGUCGUCUGGGUCGCUACGAAGGACAAGGACGCGCACAGCGGCAACACGCUGCUCGAGACCGUGCACCGCGCCAUCCACGCGAACUCGCACUUGCUAGGUGUGCGCGAGAAGCAGUCGCAGACCGCCACGGACAAGUCGUUUGUCGUUGGCUUGGUCGUCGAGGCCGACGGUGUCGCCGAGGUCCAGCGCACGCACGUCGUCAGCAUCCAGUCGGGUCUCCUCUGCAUCAUGCAGGCGUGGAUCGAGGAGCAUCACUUUGUCUUCCAAGUGCUUACAAAUGUGUUCCAGGCUGCCCUCGGUCGACCGGACGGGUGUUUGGCAUUUGACGAGUUCACGACCAUUCUCGGCUUCAUGGACCCUCUCUUCACCCCCACGCGCCUCACGAGUCUCUACAUGCAGGCGGCGGCCCUUGCGGAGGCUACGAGUGGCGCCAACGCCCUGGGCGAAGCCACGGCACACGACCUCGUGCGCGUGCUGUACGGCAGCGACCUCUUCACCGAGAGCAAGAAGCACUGGGUGUACGCGCCGCCGAUGCAGCUCUCCAACCAGAAAGCAUUUGAGGACGGACCGGGCGGACUCAAGGCCAUGUGGAAGAUCGUGCGGGAGCGCCUCUUGGACAAGCUCGCCGAGUUCAACGCCGACCAGAUCAACGUUGCGCUCGUGCACACGUGCUUUGAGCGCUUCAAGAAGAUGGAGUCGGUCUUGGCCGAGUCGGCCGGCGCCUUCGACACCAACAUCGUGGCUGUCGCGUGGUACGCCUUCCACUUCCUCCAGCAGGACGUCGCGUGGACAGCGCACGUCAUCACCAAGCAGCAACAGCACAAACCCAAGAAGCACCACGCGGCCCACGGCGCGGCGCAGCGCUGGGACUCGACACGGCGGCUGGCCAACUUGUAUGAGUAUGUGACGGCCAAGGACCGGCGCGGGUCGGCGCAGUCGACACUCGACUCGUAA